AUGGCAGUGCCCUCCUCCUCCGCGGCCCCUCCCAACAAUCCCUACUCCGACCUCAUCACCUCCUGCUCCAACGACCCGACCCAAAUCCAGUCCCGCUACCUAACCCACCGCUCCACGCGCAACACCCAACAACGCUCCCUCCUCCUCUCGCCUUCCUUCCAAGGCGUCAAAGUCGACGACAUCCUCUACAAACUCAGUCAUCCCGACCUCUUUCCCGGAUAUGAAGAUCCUCGACAUUGUCUCGUCGUGUGGGCGCGGCCGACGGAGGGGGUGAGGAGGUUGGUGGGGGAGUGUCAGCGAAGACUGAAGGAGGUGGUGCCGAAUCUUUGGCUCAUGCCCUCUUCGAAUUUACACAUGACGGCCAUGGAAGUCACUCACUCCCGCACACCCGCUGAAAUCGAACCCCUCGUGGAUCAAAUCACCCCCCACCUGGAACCCAUCUUCACCCUCCCACAUACCCACCGCGUGGAACUGAUCAAACCGUACCUCUCAUUCGACGCGCAGGCCAUAGCCUUGAGUUUCGCACCCGCCGCUGCUACUUCCCCAGGUGACGGACAAAGUGGAGAGGCGCCAACAUAUCACCACCUCCGCCGCGACCUCCACGCCCUCCUCACCACCCAAGCAAACACGUCCAUCGCAAGUCGAUACGUCACCCCCUCCGCACACCUCACCAUCGCACGCUUCAUCGAAGCCUCCGACUUUCUCGAUGCAUCGACUGGAGAGGUCGAUCGGGGGAAAGUGGAGGUUUUGGUGGAGACGGUUGAGGGGGUGAAUCGAUGGUUGGAAGAGGAGUUUUGGACGCUGGAGGAGGGAGAGGGGAGGGAGGAGGGUGCGAGGUGGGUUGUGGGGGAGGAGAGGGGGUUGGAGGUUAAGAGGGGGGCGUUGUGGUAUGGAGGUGGGGAGAGGGUUGGGGUUGGGGAGGGGUUUUGGAUGGGUGGGAAGGAUUAUGGGGACGUGGUAGAGACGAGGUUAGAGGUAGACAGGUCGUAG